AUGACAUCCGUAGAUCAGGCAGAGCAGUCUGCUCAGGCGAGUUCAUCUCACAUGAUGAAGACUACAAAACGGGGGAGGCCUUUUCUAAAGGAUACCCUUGACCUCUUUGCAACGCUCAUAGUAUCUCUUCAUCUAACUACGCACAAGCAAUAUUUUCGCACUUUCCCGAACUCAUUCUCUACGGACGAGGCUGCUGCGAACCUGGCAUCUCUCAAGUUCUCUCAGUCAAAUCGCGGGCCGGAUCCCAGAGACAAAUCACGAAUAGUGACGACUACAACCACCACGACAUUCUCGAUGACUCGUGACAUGGCAAAGGCUAUGUGUCAACAUUUCAUGGACGCUCGCUUGAUCGAGAACGCCGCAGAUCUUGGCAGCAAUCUUUUCAAAGAUCGCGGUACUUAUGUCCUCACGCCAAAGGGUCUCCAUGUCCUGGAACGAUUCAUAUCCAAGAACGGCAUGAACUCUGAUCAUCUCCAACCUGUGUUCGCCUCUCAACCAAUAUGCAUUAAGCUGUUACAUCUAGAGCGUCGGUCAGCUGACGACGAGAUCAUCGUUACACAAUCCGUCAUAACCGCGCUCUUCCGUCGGUUCGUUGGUCGUCAGCCCAACUACCCCACUCAGCCCUCAACAAAUCCGCCGGAUGCGUUUCAAGAAUAUCACGAGCGAUCCAAGGGCGUACCUCUAAUGGAUGUGCACGAGCGCGCGCAGCCUAUACUGGGUAAAGCCACAAUCAUGCACAAGCACUGUUUCGCUGCUGUGAGUGCUCUUGAAUGGCUGUGCGACUUCACCUCCGUCGUUGGAAGAGAAGAAGCGGCAGAGAUGGCAGCUCAGUUCGUUCGCUUCGGCCUCAUCACGUUGGUUAGCGACAAACGGAAAAACAACGACUCAGCCAUCAUUUUCACUGUUCGUGGUUCUACCCCAGGUGGGAAUUCUCCAGUCAGCCAACACGGAGAGUUCCGAUGUACAGCUAAAGCUAUCUAUAGAAUCACAGACGAAGGCAAACGACUCGCUCAGUGGGACGAGACUAGCAUAUCUCCUCAGAGCUCGACGGUGAACCUUAAUCAUGUGGAGCGCUCGUCACUGGAAAGUGAAUCCAUCAAUGGUACUCCGAAGACGGGAAUUGAAGCAGCUGAUGCUAAAAUUCAUCGUCGUAUAUCUAUGGCGGAGAAGCUCAAUUCCAGUCACGAGGCUGCGGAGAAGAAAGCCAAUGUGAAGAGCAGUACCGACCGUCUCAAGUAUAUCUUGGAAGAGCCAUCAUAUCGCGCUCUCUUCCGUGAUUUCCUAAAGGCGAACUUUUGUGAAGAGAAUCUGGCAUUUUGGAUGGAUGUCGAGGAUUUCAAGCGCAAAUUCAAUACGACUUCCAGUGCACAAGCUGCAGUUCCUGCGCGAUCAGGCAGCAAAUCAACUCCAGGACAAGCUGCCAUGGAGAGACAUCACGAGGCUUUGAUUCAGACUGCCUUCCAAAUCUACAACAAAUAUCUCGCACCGUCAAGUCAGAACGAGCUUAACAUUGAUCAUGGUCUUCGUCUCGAUCUCGCCAAUUAUCUCGGUGAAGUGAUGGUUGGCCUGCACGGCAAAUCGUUCGACGGACAAGUGGAUGCUAGCCAAGCUGGCUCUUUCAAUGCAACGCAACUGCAAGUCCUGAUCAAACUUUACACGCGCAUCCAAACGCACGUUCUUCGGUUGAUGGCUAUGGACUCGCUGCCCAAGUUCAUUAAAACGCAGCGGUUUCUGGACGCACGGCAGUGGCUUGGAGAGGGAGAUGCGCCAGGCGAUGACGUCCAUUUUCUCACAAGUCCCCCUGCUCCUCCUGGCCUCGGCUCUGAGGAGACCGGUGGAGCUUACAUCACGGUGUCUUUGAAAGGCAGUGAGCGAGAACACCGGCAUCACCACAGAAAUAUGCCAGGGUCGCCACACGUCUCAUGA